AUGUGUAGCGCAUUUUCCGCGAUUCCUGCACAUGUCUCCCAGUACUCACUGGGUCACGGAGCCCUUUUGGUUCUGUUCCAGCGAUGGUCGUCCGGCCUUGUCUGCUUCCUCAUCGGUUACCACCCGUUCGCGAAAGACCAGGCCUGUUCGCUACUCGCCAUCCUGCACAGAGUUCUUAACAAGGAUAUUCUCUCAGCAAGCGGGGAUGCUAGUAACGAAAUCCUCGUUGGUAGCAGCCUCGUCAGCACCUCAGAAGGCUCCUCUGGUAUAGCGGAAAGCUCGGACGAUGGCGACGCGGAAACAGGGAUCGUGUCAACCGCGUCGUCGUCGCUUGCCACGUCAGACACGACCGUUGGCGACGGCGACGCGACUAAGGACGUCCAUAAACCCGCCCUGAAAGAGCUGUCCGGCGAGAUUCUCGAAGCCAUCAGCCAAACCAUGGCAUCCACGUCAGCGCGCUAUCGUGGCGUGGCGGGGAGCGGCCUACCGUCCUUAGAUCCCUAUCCCGACGCGCCCGAUGCGUACUUAACUAGCGUUCAGGAGCCGCCGCCUUUGCCGGGGAGUGAUGGAGAUAGCAGUAGCGAGGAUGAGGAUGAAGCGGCGGGAGUGGCGAGGAGACGGAGGGAGAGGGAGAGAAGGAAGGAGGAGAGGGAGAGGAGGGAGAAAAAAAUAGAGGAUGGGAAGAAGGACAAGGAAAGAGAUACUGUAGAUUCACCUGAUAAUGUCGCAGCUGAUGCUAAUACAGGUUUUGCAGCAGCUUCGGGGGAUUCUGGUCCAGUGUCAGGCUCGACAGCAGGUCCGGCAGACGGCUCGGGUGCAGCAGGGAGAGCUCGAAGGAGGUUUGGUGUUUUCCGAAGCGCGUCGACGACUGGUUCGGCAUUUGGAGGAGGAGGCGAGUUUCGAGAGUAUAAGACCUUUAAGGAGCAUCUUAUGGACAUGCACAAACCGCAUCAAAAAGAGUCGCACAAUAAGGAGGAUAAGGAGCAGCGAGCGAAGAAGGAGAAGCGGGAGAAGGAGAAAAAGGAGUCAAAGGUAGAGGAGGAAGGCCAAGGGCAGCAUCGGGAGAAGAAAGUCCUAGGUCUUGGGCUAGGCCUUGGCCUCCCAUCGCUCUCCACCUCGCCUUCCCCCUCCCCAUCCACCCCCUCAUACCCCUCCUCUUUAUCACACUCUUCGGAUUCGCGCCUCCCUCUCACGCCGCCCACACAAUCCCCCAUCCGUUCCCCCAUCUCACACUCCUCUCCUCUCUCUGCGUCUACCACUCCAGGUCGACACAGCCACCUCAGCACCGGCAGCAGUAGCCACAGUCCAAACAGUGGCUCGGGAUCAGGUUCGGCGUCAGGUUCGGGAACAGGUUCGUUCCGGUUUAUCAACCAGUCGAUAGGACCGGUGCAAACAACGGUGGAGGCGUGGGCGUGGUUGUUUGGCCGGGCUGUGUCGGCGGGGGGGAUGGUGGGGGCGGGGAGGUUGGGGAAGAAACAGGGGGGGCGCAAGGGGAGUGGUGCAGGGGAAAGGGAGGGGGAAGGAGCAGGGGAGGGGUUGGUGAGCAGUUGGGAUGGAGGGGAGGAGGUGAGGGAUGGAGGGGGAGGGGAGGAGGGCGGGGUGCAGAUAGGAAUGGAGGGAGGGAGAGAGAGUGAGGCGGAGGGUGUUGGUGUUGCAGGAAAGGGUGAAUUAACGGGAGAAGACGGGGUGGGGGAAGCAGGGGAAAAUGGUGGGGGGACUGUGGAAGCUAGUAUGGCUGCCACAGCAUCAGUGGCGUAG